CUAUUCCCUUACUUUGGUUUGUCUUACUAAGUUAGUUCCUGUGGGUCUGGACAAUGAUGUUUUGGCAAAUUUGUCUGAUAUAAAUGUCUAGCAAGGAUUUGGACUAGCUAAUAAGUGGAUUAUACAGACUGGAGCUAUUGACAGGAGACUUUGGGAGGUGUCAGAGUACAGCCAAUACGAUCACAGAGCAUGGAGUCUUCUGGGACUCCACACUGUUGUUUGAAAGUGAUGCGCCUUACAAAGCCGACACUGAUGCCGUACCAGCCCGUGGUGUGUGAGAGCAGAGACCUGUGUGGAGAUGUCUUUUUGAAGAUGAACUCCAACGACCUGGCAAAACCUCGCAAUCUGGAUUACUUCCCUCUAGGAGACAUGUUGACUCUGCCUCAAAACUUUGGAAAUAUAUUUCUUGGAGAGACAUUUUCCAGCUACAUUAGUGUGCACAAUGAUUCCAGCCAAACGUGUAGAGAGAUUGUGUUGAAGGCUGACCUACAGACCAGUUCGCAGAGACUAGCCCUGUCCAGCAUCAACUCACAACCCAUACAGGAGCUGCUGUCCAAUCACAGCAUUGAUGAUGUCAUACACCACGAAGUCAAGGAACUUGGAACUCAUAUCCUUGUGUGUGCUGUCAGUUAUACAACCAAUUCUGGAGAAAGAAUGCAGUUCCGAAAGUUCUUUAAGUUCCAGGUUCUGAAGCCUCUUGAUGUUAAGACCAAGUUUUACAAUGCUGAGCAUUUCAUUUCUGACGACGUGUAUCUGGAAGCUCAGAUUCAGAACAUUACACCGGGACCCAUCUACAUGGAACAAGUGAGUCUCGACCCGUCGCCCCAGUACACAUCGAAACAACUCAACUCAAUGGAAGGAGAUGGUGAAGAUCAGGUGUUUGGAAAGCCUAACUACCUAAAUGCAAUGGAUACACGGCAGUACUUGUAUUGUUUAACCCCAAACUCUGAGCUGUAUGGAGAGAACAAGGUGCUCAAAGGGGUAACAAAUAUUGGAAAACUUGACAUAGUAUGGAAAACAAACAUGGGAGAGAAGGGGAGAUUACAAACCAGUCAACUGCAGAGAGUAGCCCCUGGAUAUGGUGACAUAAGAUUGACUGUAGAGUCUGUUCCAGAUACCGUUUCCUUGGAAACAACAUUUAACUUAACCUGUAGGAUAACUAAUUGCUGUGAGAGAACCAUGGAUCUGACACUGGUGUUACAGAAUUUGCCAGGUAUAGGGUUAAUGUGGUGUGGAAUAUCAGGCAAACAGCUGGGGAAACUGCCACAGAAUGAGAGCAUGGACAUUCCAUUAACAUUGUUAGCUAUUACACCAGGCUUACAGACCCUCUCUGGUCUUCGACUGACAGACAACUUUCUAAAGAGAACUUAUGAACAUGAUGACAUCACUCAAGUUUUGGUCUUAGAUGGCGAUAUUCACUGAGAUCGUGAUGUCAUUUGGGCAUCGUGCAAUACUGUUUCUCUGACAAUCUCAACAUUUUGCUUGUGAAAUACUGUUUUCUAGACCAGGUCCAGAUACUGAGUUGGUGAAAUAUGUUUUUCAUGCGAGUAUGAAAAUAAUGUACACAACAAAAUGCUAUUCAUAUAUGGUUGCAUUUUUUGUGUUAUUUUCAUCAUUAUAAAGCUCCUUGUUUAUAAACCGUUGUAUUAAACAUGUCUGAAUAACAAAAUGAGUUGUGAAGCAGUGGGUAGAACAGGGAAACCUAAAUGAGUAUGUAAUGAUAUCUUUUUUAUAAACCAAUGCUGUUACAUAUGUUGAUGCUGUUGUUUGACGUCUUAAUAAAAAUUCAUAUGCAUAAUUUUCAUUUGACACAAGCUUGAUACAUACCAUACAGGUAAUAAUAAUCAAUAACUGAUGCCAAUGAAUAUGUGUAAUUAAGUGGGUGGAACAGUGAUGUGAAGGGAGUAUGACAAUUAUCAACCGUACAAAGUGAUAAUGUUAAUUACGGAAUAUUUAUGUAUACAGAUAUAUAUGCAGAAAGAUGUGUAUUUUAGUGAGUCUGAAGUGAACAGAGCUCAUGUUCAUAUUCAGGUUGUGAUAUCAGACCCUGGAACACAGUUGUUUUGUUUUGUUUUUCCUUCUGAUAAUAGCCUGUAUGGUAGUAGUAACUAAAUGUUUGUAUAAAAAUGUUCCUACGGAGUAAUUGUAAAGUUCAGCAGAAAUGUAUUAAAACAUCAUACACUG